AUGGCUGGAAGAUCCCACAAAGAUGAAAUAGAAGCAAAACUAAAACAGGAACAAGAUUUUACGUCUGUUAUACGUGGUAGCCUUCAGAGAAAUGAUCAACUAACUAGUAGACUGGAAUCUGUCCUCUCCUCAUGUGAGAGCCGAUUAGAGCGCCUUGAGAAUUCCCUCAUCCCGGUUCACCAACAGACCCAAAUUCUUCAUAAUGUGAAGCUGAAUGUGGAUGAGACCUUGAUAUGCCUGGACCAAGUGAUUUAUCACUACCAGGUUAUAAGGGAGACUGACAGGACCAUUGCACAGGGUCCUACAGGCAGGCUAGGAGAGUAUCUGGCCUGUUUGGAUCAGAUCAGAAGGUCGGAGGAGUACUUCCAGGAAAACAACCCUGAUGGUCCAGAGCUCAAAACACUGAGAGUGCGGUUUGAGAGGGGAAAGGACCUGCUCCAGUCAGAGGUACAGGCUUUGUUGCUGCGUCACAGCAGGCCUGUCCCACCUGUCGACAUACUAACCCUUAUUGACACUGGCACACUGCUGGAAAACAGAAGUGUGGAUAUUUUCCCCUCUUCUGUGAUCUACGAUGUCACCAGUAUCUCAGCCUGGCUACUGGAAAACAACUGCCAUCAGGGGAAAGAGGAUCUGCUCAACGUUGAGUCCGGAACUUUCUACCAGAGCGUCGAUGCUUUUUGCGUUCUGGCCGAAAUGGAAUUCACCACGCUAUCGAAAGUUUUUCCACAUGUUUACUGGGAGAAAGUCUAUGACUGUCUCAUUCAGUACACAACCAGCAAUACAAAGAGAAUGCUUCCAUCUCUCGUUACCUCCAUGGAGAAGGUGGCUGCUAAAGGUUUGGAAAUGUAUGCUGAUCACAUCAAGCAAUUUGCAGACAAGGAGAGUAACCUGCCUGUGGAUGGCACUGUCCAUGAGUCCACCAGCAAUGUUAUUCUCUUUCUGUCUCAGCUGCUGGCACAAGAGAGACCUAAAUCUUCAACUCCACCUGAAGGUAAAGCACUGGACAACCUCAUACAGGCCAUUCAGAACAAAGCCAGAACAUACAAGGACCCUGUUCUCCGAACCGUCUUCCUCCUCAACAAUUAUAACUACAUGCUCAAAUCUACUCCUGUCUGGGUGAAAGUGGCACAGUGUCUGAUGGACAAUAACAUGUCAACCACACAACAGGGCAAUAAGCUGAAAGAAGGAGAAGAGCAUGAGCACAUUAAAGAAAAGUUCAAGCGUUUUAAUGAUGGCCUGGAAGGGAUGUGUAGGACUCAGAAGGUGUGGGCCAUGCCAGACCAGGAGCAACGAGAUGUCCUCCUUCAUACCUUGAAAAGCAGCAUUUGUCAGGAUUACCGCACUUUUCUGGAGAGAUAUGGCCAUGUGACCUUCACCAAGCACCCUGAGAAGUACCACAAGUAUUCUCCAGAACAAGUAGAGGACAUGAUUGGUCAGCUGUUUGACCUCUCGGCCUAA